ACAACUUCACUUAAAACCCACCAUCCUCAAUUCCAACUUUCUCUCUCUUCAUUCCUCUCUUUCUCUCUCUAAAACAUCAACAAAAUCAACCAUAAUAUUAUUAUCACUCUCUUGCUCUAAUUUAUAUCGAAUAAAAAUGGCGAAAGCAGGAAAAUUAACGAAGCUGAGGUCAGCAUUGAAGAAGAUGAACUCCUUUAGUAAGCUGCGACGAGAGAACAGCAUAAACUGUACACCCGCACCCUCUGAUGACUUCCACGUGUCAUCAACUAAUAAUCAUAACAAUGUUGGUGGGCUACUUCACACAGUCUACGUUGGGAAGUCUCUUCGCCGUUACCAGGUGACGUCAGAGGUGCUUGAUAAUCCUGUGAUUCAAGAGCUUGUUGAUAGAUCAAACGGCUGUGAUGAAGAGACCACAGUAAUUGGUUGUGAGGUCGUUUUAUUCGAACAUUUGUUAUGGAUGUUGCAGAAUAUUGACUCGCAAUCUGAGUCUCUGGAAGAAUUGGUUGGCUUGUAUGCUUAUUAAUUAAAUAAAAUAUUCUUUGUUUUUUUUUUUUUAAUUUUGAAUUUCCUCAUUUUUGAGAGAAAAAAAGUCCCAUUUAAAAUGGGAUUUUUUUUGGUAGAGUGUAGAAUGUAUAUUGUAUUAAAUAUUGCUUAAUAUGCUUGCUUAAAGAAAUUCUUUUUACUAGAGGUGAAAAAGCUUUAGGCAGGGUUAGAAAAUUAAGAUAAAUAAUUAAUUAAAAAAAUCCUGAAUUUUUGGAUGUUUUUUGUUAUUAGAGCGAGUGACUAAAAAUGUGUUACUUGUAUUUCUAGUUACCAUAUUGUAUGCAUUAUUCGUUGUAUCCAACAUUGAUCAAUUGGAGUAUUAUGCCAUUUUUGGUGAUUCAUUACUA